AUGGCGCCACCGCGAACAGAACGUGUGCUCAGCAUCCAGUCGCAUGUCGCGUACGGCUACGUCGGGGGGAAAGCUGCCGUGUUCCCACUGCAGCUUCUCGGAUACGACGUCGAUGUUGUGAACACCGUCAACUUCUCCAAUCAUGCCGGAUAUCACCGCGCCGGAGGAACCAAGGCUACUGCGGCCGAACUAGCCAAUAUGUUUUCCAUCAUGGAGGACAAUGGCUUCCUCAAACCUGCUCGCCUACUCACCGGCUACAUACCUGGAGCGGAAGGCCUUUCCGCCGUCGCAGACCUCUCCGAGAAGCUUUGUAAGGCUAAACCCAACCUAUUAUACCUCUUGGACCCUGUCAUCGGAGACGCUGGCCGUCUCUACGUUGCUGCGGAUGUGAUUCCCGUCUAUAGGUUGAUGCUUCCUCGCGCGUCUAUUAUUACACCAAACUGGUUCGAAGCCGAAGUGCUUACAGACGUCAAGAUAGAAGAUACAGCUUCAUUACACAAAGUUCUCGACAUCCUACACCACAAGUACCAAGUACCACACGUGGUCAUCAGCUCAAUACCUCUCAAGCAAUGGCUCCGCGGCAUCCUUCCCGCGAACGACCACCCUAUACCUACAAACGAAGACGUAGAGGACCAGCUUCUGUGCAUGACAUCCAGUCGAGUACCCGGCCAAGACAUCGAGUCAUCAGUACACUCCGUCUGCGUCCCGCUUAUACGCGGCUACUUCUCGGGUGUCGGCGACCUCUUCUCUGCUCUGAUCCUCGGUCACUACGAUACAAGUCUAUCUGGAGCAGAACCCCUCGUGUCGGCCGUCGAACUCGCUAUCACGAAGACACACACGAUACUGCAACGCACGUACGACUACGCCGAGUCGUUACCGGAAGAGGAUCGUCAGGCGACGGACGAUGAACGCGAUGCUGAGGAUCCUGUGCGCAGGAUACGUCGGAUGAGUGGGCGGGAGUUGAGGCUCGUUCAGAGUCAGGAUAUAUUGCGCGGUGGACCGGAGAUGGGGCCGGUAAGGAGGCUGUCGCCAUGGGAGGGCUUCUGGGACGGGUAUACCCGAGAAUGA